GAUUGAGCCACCACAUAAGCAUGGAUAUUAUUACCUUAACACAUUGACGACCAUGCAAAUUUUUAGUUAUCUGCCUUUUGGGACCUAGACCUUUUUACAGACCAGCCCACUUUUUCGACUGUAAUUACGCAUACUGCUAUCUACAGUACACCUACAGUAGAUCUGAAAGGCUAACAAGUAAGGUAGAGGUCAUCCUUAGGUUCUGUGCAAAAGAAAGCUCAUGAAGAUUUGACAGGACUUCAGCAUAAAAAUGAAUACUUUCAAAGUGCUAUUGGUGCUGGUUUUCCUUACGUUCACUAAUGUACAUUCUCAGCUUUUCCCCCCACCUUAUGAUCCUUACAUGAUCAAUCCGAUGAUGGGCGGAGGACUGGGAAUGGGUGGCAUAGAUCCACUGACCGGCGCUCUAAUAGGAAGUCUCGUAGGCGGUGUGGUAGGAUUACUGACUGGAGCUUGA